ACCUCAGAGGCUUCACCAGCUUUGGUAUUGAGAAAAUAAUCAACCACAAUGAAGAAGCAGCAGGAGGAAGAUGAGAGCACAGACAGCACUCCAUCCUGUAAAGCUCCACCAUCUUCCUCUUCCUUAUAUGCCCUGGUUCCAGAACCGACCCGGAGAUCCAUCUCUAUGGGUGACUUCCGUCGUGCCCAGCCUGGUUCCGAGACGCCGUCUGCCCCUGCCACGGCACCAUCGUCCAAACUGGUGACCCCGAGCUCAAGCAUGGAGUUUGAGGCGGCUCGACGGCGCCUGCUGGAGGUCGAGGAACGGCGGCGUGUCAUCCAAGAAAUGGAGCGGCGCCUGGAAGAACUGCGUGAGACGUUCGUUCGCUCGGAGCGUGAAGCAGCCGAGCAUGGUGAGCUGGUGGCACGAGUGGCAGCCACUGCUCAGCAGAGCGAGCUUUACGUUUCAGAAAACUCUCAGAGGCUGAAGAAGGGACUGCGCUUCAAGCGGCAUCGGCCCACCAUCAUCUUUUCGUCUAUGUUGGGGCUCAGGACGUGUCUACCAUGGCCGGUUAAACUCAAAUAGCAGUGGGCAAGAAGAACUUCCUUGAAACAUUUUUCAACACUGUAUCUCUUCUGAGAACAGAGAGGAGAACCUUCAUGAGUCCUGCUGCUUUGAUGUGACACGCUAAAGCUUCGCUGCCAUGCGAAACACCACACUACUGCUCGUAGAGCUGUGUGUAUGUAUGUAUGUAUGUAUGUGUUGGAGAUGCUUCACCGUCCUUGUAGUUGUGGAUGUGUGAAGAUGGCAGAGUGUGUGUAGUUGUCUUUUAUAAUUUUAAUAAUCUUUGUUAUUGUACAGAGAGCGUCUCAGAGGUGCUGUCAAACAGCACAGGGAGUUGAAGUCAUGUAUACAAGCUCUCAAAACUGAAACUCCUGCUUCCUUCUAUGAAACACAUUGCCUACAGCCUGUAGAGUUGACGUGUCCCCAAGUCACGUUUUGCAUCAUUAGUGACGGUUGCUAUAUAGACGCUCCAUAUACGACACAGGGGACACAGGGGAAGGAGCUCUCGUCACCUCACACGUGGCCUCCUUGUACCGUCUCUGCUGCCUAAAAACUCUUCUUGUUAGUUUGCUUCAGAAUGUACGGUAUUACCAACAGAACCUCCAAGCCUAACAUCGAUUAAUAGAUAUUUAUACUGCUGCUUUAUCUUAGACUGGAUUUUUAGAAGGUUCUACAUUUACUUAGUCACACAAGGACCUAUAUACAGCCUAUGUUUCUUUUGUCUGUGUUUAGGGUUUAAACAUUCAGGUACUGUAUAAGACAUAAAACACGAAAGAUCAUAAUUGAUCUGAUGCUUUCCGGGUGUAUUUACGCGUUGGCUGGUUCAACAGGGUCGAUAUGAACUCACUCAAAGCACCAAUGCUGCAUUUCUAACUACAUCUCUGUUGUCUUCUGAGCAGUGUCUUUCAUUACAAUCAAAAUGAGCCAGACGUUAGAUCCCGGUCCUAUACCCUUUCGAGCUCUUUCUGUGCGUUAGCAGAUGUAGUGCACUUGUGAGGAAAUUAAGGUACAAUAUGAAGCUCAGGAGGGAUUUGUGUUAGUGGCAAGCGCAGGUUCUGUACUUUAGUGUAUUCUCGCUCCCUACUUUCACACUGUUUAAUGAGCAGAAUAACCUUUAUGGGAGUUGGAUUCAUGUGAAAAUGAUCUACACUCCUCUAUGUCAUCCUCCUUUGUGUGGAAAUCCACUUGUGCCUGUGUAUAUAGAGAAAUGCUUCCUGGAUUCUCCUUGCAAACACUUAAGGUGCGCUUUUCUUCAUUAAUAAGAAGCAUGCUGUGUGUUUGUAAAAUGCAAGGAUUUUAUUUCAAAUAUAUUUUACUUUAGUUUUUUA